AUGCACACCACGGGCGAGCCCACUCGGAUCGUCUACGCCGGCUAUCCUCCACUGAGUGGUACUCUGCUGGAGCAGCGCGCGCUGGCCCGCAGCAAGUACGAUCAUGUCAGGCGCAAGCUGCUCCUGGAGCCGCGAGGCCACCGGGACAUGUACGGCGCGGUCCUCAGGCCCGCAACAGAGCUCGUAGACAGCGGCGAGGCCGACAUUGGGGUGCUGUUCAUGACCAACGUGGGCUACUCCAACAUGUGCGGCCACGCCACCAUUGCUCUCGGCCGCUUCCUCAUCGACACCCACGACACGAGCAUCUUCCCCAACCGGUGGCGGCUGAGGUCCGAUGACGGCAGCACGGUUAUCAAGCUGCACGUCCCGAGCGGGAUCGUGGUCGUUGCCGUCAAGACUCGCCCGGACCAUCGCGCAGAUGCGUCUGCGCCCGUGUCUUUCACGUCGGUCCCAUGUUUUGCCACCGGCAUUGGUGUUCAGAUCGCCAUCCCAGCCGACAGGAGAUGGAGGGUCGGCCAGUCGGUCCGGACCGUGACCGUGGACUUUGCUUGUGGCGGUGGCUACUUUGCCAUCGUCCGUGCCGACGAACUCUAUGACGCAGGGAAAUCGGACCUAAGCGGCGGUGACUUGAAGGACCUGGAUGAGGCCACGAGCACGCUGAAGGACUUGGUGAACGAGAACCCAAGCCUACGCAAAUAUGUAACACCUCCAAACACGAAUCCCAGUGGAGCCGAGCUUGGGCUUCUGCGCGCCCUCGUCGUUUCUCUACCUGGGCUAGGAGUGAUUGGUAGUGGAACGACAAGUGCAGAAACGGGCAUAUGCUACUUUGACGAUCACCAAAUCGACCGGUCCCCUACUGGAAGUGCUGCUGGUGCUCGUAUGGCGCUUGCCUAUGCACAAGGGGCCAUCCAUUUAAAUGAAGGCCGCACAUACCACUCCCUGCUUUCAAAUAGCAAAGGCGGGAAGGGGUCGUUCAAGGCUAGAGUAUUAGAAGAGACCGCGGGUGGAGUAAUUGUAAAGAUCGAGGGCUUUGCUUUCUACACUGGAUAUCACACCUUCAUCAGCGAAGAGGAAGACAUCCUGGGUGAUGAUGGAUUCAUACUGGAGCAGCUGCAUAGUUGA